CUAUACAUUAAAGUAAUUUGAAAAUAAAUAAAUGAAAAUGUGGUCAAACAUUUCCAAGAGAGUUUUAAUGUAACCUUCAUAUGACAAAAUAACAUUUAAAUCUGUUUUAAUAAAAAUCCAUCCCUCAGACAUAAAAGGGACUGCAUAAUUUGAGGUUUAUUUUACUGCCUGCACCAAACGUUGCAGGAUGACUUAUGUGCCAUGAUUUAAUUGUUGUAAUCUCAAACCCUGAGUGCAAAUCCUACUAGUUAUUCCCACACUAUCAAACACAGUUUUUUUUUUCUUUGUCAUAUAUAUGGUAUGAUUUAACAUUGCCUCAAAUGAACUCGCAUCAACCUGUUAGAAGGAUUUUAAGGGUAAAUGGCCCCGGUGCCAUAGACUGGGAGUUACCUACAACACAGAUUGAGAAGAUAAACCUUUCUUGGCAUGUUUAACUUGUAAAUUAGAUCCAUUAGCUCUUUAGAAAAUGGUCCAGGAUAGGGUUUGAUUGUCAAUAUUUGUUGUUGCAAACUGUAAUUCAGUAUACUAUAGGUUUAAAUCUCACAGAAGUCGUCAGUGCUAUACUUAUACAAGGUUCAUUUGGCACAGUUUCCAUAACUAAAAUUAUAUUUGAUUAUCUCUGCCUUAUCGUCAUAACUUUCAUCAAUUUCCUCACUUUCAUUCCACCGUUGCUCUUUGUGUCACCCGUGACGUCUGCUCCACGGAUUCACCUGCUCUAAUUCCUUAAAGGGAUUGCCGAUUCCCCGGAUAUCUACUUAGGACCUGAUUAGACAAGCUCAACUCAUUAGCUCUGACAAACCAAUUCAAACCCCUCAACCCCAAAGCUAAAGAACUGGCCCCCACCUAUCAAGCAUUCACCAAAACAAACAAUGACCAAUGACGACACGUCAAGUGUUAACAUCACUCAAAUGUGAUAAAACAAGCGUGAAAUGCUUUAAAUACCCAUAGUACUCCAAAAUGGUUGUUAGUACCAAUGCUUAAAACUUCAAGAUACGAUGUUCUUCAGGAAUCGACCAUGUUUUUGUUCACACCACACCCUGUCCAUCACUUCCCCUGUCCUCUGCUUUCUGCGCUUACUCUUGCCAUGUCUUUCAACCCCAACCUGAUUUUCCAUUCCAAUCGGUUUACCUGUUCCCCGCCCUCCCCUUUCCCUCUCUCUUUCUCUCUGCCUCACCCUUUCUGUGCCCAUCUUUGGGCUUAUCCUUUCAUCCCUGAUCUCCUUCAUCCCCUCCAAUCCUCAUCUGUUCCUCUCUCGCAGACGGGGAAGAGAAAGAGAGAGUUUUUCCACAGGUAAGUUGCAUCCAGUCUGUUGGGGGAACCUGUGGGAGGCACAGAGAGAGAGACGAUUGACGAGCUGUCUUGUGGACUAAGCAAAAUAGAGACUGGUUCAGAGAAAGAGACUUUGGAGUAAUAGAGACGAAAAUAAGCAUUUUUUGGGUAGAAAGGUCCCACCUGAUCCCGUAGUAAAGAGCAGUCGGUAAUCGGAUGACAGGAGAUUUGAUAAGCCCCCUCCGACAGCUCCUGCAGGGGCUUAGAACUUUCUUCUAGCCCUCCUCGACAUCAAUAAAACAACAGCUGAACACACAGACUUGUGUUGGUAAGAACCCCAAUCAACAGCAGCCAUGGGUGAAAUGGAGCAGAUGAAAAAGGAGGCUGAAACCCUGAAGACACAGAUCGAGGCGGCUCGUAAAGCAGCAAAUGACACAGACAUGGCCUCUGCCGCUUCUGGGGUUGCUCCGGCCCCUCGGGUCCAACUCAAGACCAGGAAGACCCUCAAAGGCCAUUUGGCCAAAAUCUAUGCCAUGCACUGGAGUACAGACAACAGGCUAAUGGUCAGUGCAUCACAGGAUGGCAAACUUCUCAUCUGGGAUUCUCACUCUGGAAAUAAGGUCAAUGCUGUUCCCCUCAAGUCCUCAUGGGUGAUGACCUGUGCAUAUGCUCCUUCUGGAAACCUUGUGGCCAGCGGUGGUCUCGACAACAUGUGUACUGUCUACAACUUAAAGACACCCGUAAUCAAGACAGUGAAAGAAUUGGAUGCUCACACAGGUUACUUGUCCUGUACACGCUUCCUCAGUGACACGGAGAUUCUAACUGCCUCUGGUGAUACCACAUGUGCAUUGUGGGAUUUGGAGACUGGAAAGCAGAAGACGGUUUUCCUGAACCAUGUUGGCGACUGCAUGUGUCUGUCUCUGUCCCCGGACAUGAACUCCUUUGUUUCUGGUGCUUGCGACUCUCUGGCCAAGCUGUGGGACAUCAGGGAUGGCCAGUGCAAGCAAACCUUCCAGGGUCACACGAGUGACAUCAACGCCAUUUCAUUCUUCCCUAGUGGCAAUGCAAUUAUCACCGGCUCUGAUGACUGCGCAUGCAAAAUGUAUGAUCUUCGUGCAGAUCAAGAAGUGAUCUGUUACCAGGAUGCCGCCCUGAACAGCGGUGUAACAUCACUGGCUCUAUCCUUGUCUGGCCGCCUCAUCUUUGCUGGCUACGAUGACUUCAACUGCAAUAUUUGGGACUCGCUAAAGGGCGAGAAAGUGGGUGUGUUGUCUGGCCAUGACAACAGGGUGAGCUGCACUGGAGUACCACCAGAUGGCAUGUGUGUUUGCACUGGCUCAUGGGACAGCUUCUUGAAGAUUUGGAACUGAGUUGGCCCCUGAAAGAAGAUGAGAUGAGAAUAAGAUUGAGAAGGAGGAGUAUGAGAAAGAAAGGUUGAGAGAGAGGAUGAGAAAUUAUCGAUUUCUGAGCAACAAAGAAUCUCACACACACAUAAACAAACACACAAGGUCCACCUGUAUGUGUGGGAUUUCUGGAAGACUGGAUUUCAUUAGAAUAUAUAAUAUGCAAUAUUUAAUUGUAAAAAUGUAAGUUGCAACUAACAAAGGAUUGCAUUAAUGUUAUCAUAACAUGACAAUCUCAUGACAACGAUACUUUGACUUGAAAUUAUAGUGAUUUUGACAGCAUAAAUGAGGAAAAUGAAUAAUCAUUUAAGAAUUUAAAAUACAGUAUUACAUAUUUUUGUCCAUUAAAAAUGCUUAUCAUUAGACGAAAGUUUGGAUUAAUAUUUUUAUUUAUUAGAAAUGACGAUAGAAUGCAGAAGAAAUUGUACAGUGACUUUUCUCAGCAACCACACUGACUGUCUGAGAUCUGAUAUUAUGGCUUUUUGAUGAUGCUGGCAUGCAGAUGUAUUUUAAUUGAUUUCUAUCAAACUUCCUAAAGCCCUCAAAAUGACAUGUUAUGCUUAAAGAUUAAAUGUCUGUAUUUACUUCUUUUUGUAGGACUUUUACAUAC